UGCAGUCAUGCCGCCUCCUGUCCCGCCAGCUGCACCUUACUCUCAGGCGCUGCCGUUCAUCCCGAAACGCCAAUGAAGCAAUGCCAAAAAAGUGCCUUUUACUUUUUCUGAGCGCAGGCGUAGCACGGGAUUAGCCAAGUUGUCAUCACACAAAAAGUUGGUGUAGUUCUGAACCGGGUGAGAGAUCAUCCGCGAAAGCCUCUCCUCAGUAGCAGCAUGACCUCCCCACCUCACAGCACAGCGACGGAGACUUCGUGGACUAUUGGACCUUCAGAACUGGAGAUGAGUGAAGCUCCGCACGUGCGAAAUGACAGCGUGUGGUUCGGCAGUAGUCCCUCGGCGUCCGCGGAGCCGGCAGUGAUCACUCAACGCCAGGCAUCUCACCUCCAUCCCCGCGUGUCCGUGUACAGCGCCACCCGUCCCACUCUCUCUAGAUCCUACUUUCAAGGACGUGUGUACAAUUUUUUGGAGAGACCUUCGGGUUGGAAAUGCUUUGUGUAUCAUUUUACAGUAUUCCUCAUUGUGCUUUCUUGCCUGAUCCUCAGUGUGCUGUCCACCAUUGAUGAGUAUCAGACUCUGGCUAAUAAAACACUCUUCUGGGUGGAAUUAGUGCUGGUAUUGUUCUUUGGAGUGGAGUAUGUGGUACGCCUGUGGUCAGCCGGAUGUCGGAGUAAAUAUGUGGGAAUUCAGGGCAGGCUACGCUUUGCCCGGAAGCCCAUUUCUGUUAUCGACAUGAUCGUUGUGGUGGCCUCCAUUGUUGUGUUGAUAUUUGGCUCUAAAGGUCAGGUAUUUGCCACCUCUACUGUCAGAGGAGUCCGCUUCCUUCAAAUCCUGCGAAUGCUGCAUGUGGAUCGACAGGGAGGAACCUGGAGACUGCUUGGAUCGGUAGUCUUUAUUCAUCGGCAGGAACUGAUCACAACUCUUUAUAUCGGAUUCCUUGGGCUCAUCUUCUCUUCCUAUUUCGUGUACCUGGCGGAGAAGGAUGCCGUAGAUGACAGAGGUUUCACAGAGUUUAGCAGCUAUGCUGAUGCUCUGUGGUGGGGUGUGGUGACAGUAACCACUAUUGGCUACGGAGACAAGGUCCCUCAGACUUGGAUAGGGAAGACCAUUGCAUCAUGUUUCUCUGUCUUUGCCAUCUCCUUUUUUGCCCUCCCUGCUGGAAUCCUAGGCUCCGGUUUUGCUCUGAAGGUGCAGCAGAAACAGAGACAAAAACAUUUCAACAGGCAAAUUCCUGCAGCUGCAUGCCUGAUACAGGCAUCCUGGAGGUGUUUUGCCUUAGAAAAUCGUGAUUCUGCCACCUAUAAGUUAUUUGUGAAAAGGAACAUGAGCAGUUCAGUGUCCAGCCCUAAAUUAAAGGUGAAGAUGAAGAAGAAAAUGAAGAGUAAUGACAGGGAUGAUGGAUUAAGCUCUCCCACCAUACCUUCCAUAACCUAUGACUCCUUAGAUGAAGGGAAGGACGGUGGACCAGAUACAGUGUGCAGUAUUCAACAGUCAGAAGGGGCAAACGCACACAGAAGAUGUGAGCGGGUGCCGUCCUGGAACUCUCUAUCCUCUUUCCAGUUCUCUACAUCACCAGGGAAAAAGCCUGGCAUUUUGGAAAUACAGCCUCGGCCCACGCUCCAGAGAAGCAGCAGCAUCACAGAUGAUAUGGAAACCGAGCUGGAGCGAGAGAUUUCGCUCGUUCCAGUCACUCAUGUGUCUCAGUUGAGGGAUUCCCAUCGAGCUGCCAUUCGUGUGAUCCAGAGAAUGUUCUACUUUGUGGCCAAAAAGAAGUUCCAGCAAGCACGUAAGCCGUACGAUGUGAGGGAUGUCAUUGAGCAGUAUUCACAGGGUCAUCUCAACCUCAUGGUGCGCAUCAAGGAGCUACAGAGAAGACUGGAUCAGUCCUUAGGGAAGCUGUCCCUCUUCCAGACAAGUUCAGAGCGCAUGAAAGACAAAGGCCUAAACACUAUUGGCUCCAGACUCAACAGGAUGGAAGAGAAGAUCACACACAUGGACAGGACUCUGAACAGCAUCGCGGAGUCUCUCAACCUCAUGUUGGCGAGGGAGAGACGAGGAGACCUGGCCAGAGGGAAGGAACUGCGCGGCAGCUUUAACCGCCAAUCAGCCACCUUCAGCCUGUCACUGCCGAGCAGACAGGACAGCCUGACCAGCUCCGAGCAACUGUCCACACCAACUGUUAUUCAUGAGGACAGCUGAGUUGCUAAAGCAGCACUAAACCACAGAGUGCCUGAUACUGGGUCAGUUUCAGCCCGAAUGAAUUUAAGAGAUCGGGUUCAAGAUAUCUUCUUGUCUGACUAAUCCUGUUUAUCUUUGUAUUUUUUCAGACGGUUGAAUUCCUUUGAAGCUAUGAGACAUAUAUACCAUUUUUUUGAAUUUUAUUGUUUAAGUAGGAUUUAGAAUUUUUGAUAGUUUAUUUAGUUAUUCAAGUUUUUGUGAGUGUUCGAAUACUUCUGUUCAAUUAAGUUCCUAAAAAGUGGUGCCAUAGAAGAACCUAGUGGGUUCCCUAAAGAACCUUUCAGUCAACAGAACUAUUUUCUUAGUGUGAAGAAUAUUUUAAUAACUUUUUUUUUUUAACUAUAUAGACAUUUUUGUGUUGUGUAAAGUUUCCAUGGUUUCUUAAAAAGAACCUUUAUUUUUAAGAGUGCUCAUGUGAACAUUGUGACCUUCUUUUGGAGAGUUAUGAAUUGCUGAAUGUUUUUAAUUUAUUUCUGUCGACAGGAACAAAAUGCGCGCUCCUUGCUCUGGAUCACUAAUGCACAAAUUUGUGAAUACUGUUCAACUUCAGCCGCGUACAAUCUCCGGCUUUUUAUUUAUGCUCAUUUACUAAUAUGAAAGUGCUAGUUUUCGCAAAAAUAAAAACUGUAUCCCACAAACGCCACUGGUUCGAUUCUCCAGUGAAAUCCAAACUGUGAUUUCCAUGAAGUGCUGUGUCAAAAAAGCCCUACCCUGAAUAAACGCCUUUGCCUUUUCUUU